AUGGUAGGAGUGUCCUGUAAUAGGUAUGAAGAUAGGCUCUUACAAUUGUUUGAGGAUUUGGAGGCUAGCAGGGGACAAGGGAUGGGGACUCCAGGAGGUAAGACGAGAAGUAAGAGCAUUCGUGAGCUUAAGCGGCUUGAAUGCCCAAUUAACUAUGAUAUUAAGGGCGGCAAGUCGAGUUUUAAGAUGAUUUCGAAAAUAAUUAGUUGGAAUGUACGUGGGCUUAAUGAACCAGGGACAAGGUUAGGAGUUCGAAAUCUACUGAGAAAAUGGAGGGCUGACCUUGUAUGUUUACAAGAAACAAAGGUGGAGGAUGUGUCGAGGGAUAUUGUGAGUAGCCUAUGGGGGGGACAGCAUGUGGGGUAUCAAUUUUUAGGGUCAUCGGGGGCCUCAGGAGGUAUACUGAUAGUGUGGGACACCAGAGUUUUUGAUAUGGAGGAGGUUAGCGAAGGUCUGUUUUCUCUAUCGAUCUCAUUUAGAAAUAUCGAGGAUAGCUUCCGGUGGAUGUUUGUAGGAGUCUAUGGGCCUAAUGUAGAUGAGCAUAGAAGUGGACUGUGGGCUGAAUUGGCUGGUAUGAUGGCUUGGUGGAACCUUCCAACGUGUAUCGGAGGAGAUUUUAAUGUGAUCCGUUUUCCUACUGAGAGGUCUAGUAGGGGGAGAUUAACAAGGGCUAUGGAGGACUUUUCAGAUUUUAUCAGGGAGAAUGAUUGGUGGAUCUGCCUAUGA